AUGUCUCGUCAUCAGGCCGCCGCCUGCCCCGCGGAAGCGCGCUCCGCGGCCGUGCGCCGCCCCUCCUCCCCCACCCCCUCCCGCAAAAGGCCAUCCUCCUCUUCCUCCAGCAGCAGCAACGACUCCUUCGACGUGCUGGUGGACGAGGUCCUCCUCGACGACCCUAUCGAGGAGCGGAUCGAGGCGGAGAUCGUGGCCCACCUCUUCCGCGGCGCCGCCCCGGAGGCGUACAGGCAGGCGGUCGCGCAGCAGGAGGCGCUGCGGGCGAAGAAGGCGGCGCUGCGGCGGGAGGUGGCGGAGAGCCGGGCGCAGACGCGGAGGCUCAGGGCGUACACGGACCUGCUCAAGACCGACGUGUCCGGGUACACGGAGGCGCAGGAGGAGGAGUACCGGCGGGAGCUCCAACGCCGGAGCAAGGAGUGCUUCGGUAAAUAA